AUUUCACAAAAUCAAUACACAAAAUGGGAAAGAUGGGAGGUGCAUAUGUGUUGUUCUUGUUAUAUGUAGCAGCAGCUGGAGCCACUGCACAACAGUGUGGGAGUCAAGCUGGGGGGACGCUAUGCCAAAACAACCUGUGUUGUAGCCAACAUGGUUAUUGUGGAAGCACUGAUGAAUACUGUUCUCCUUCCAACAACUGUCAAAGUAAUUGCCAAGGAGGUGGUGUUGGCCAAAGCGCCUCCAACAUUAGAGCAACCUAUCAUUUGUACAAUCCAGAACAACAUGGCUGGGACUUGAUGGCGGUGAGUGCAUAUUGCUCAACUUGGGAUGCUAGCAAGCCCCUCGCAUGGCGUAAGAAGUACGGUUGGACCGCCUUCUGUGGCCCAGUUGGACCGCGCGGCCAGGCUUCUUGUGGAAAGUGCUUGAGGGUAACAAAUAGGAGGACCCGAGCUCAAACAACGGUGAGGAUUGUGGAUCAGUGUAGCAAUGGAGGGUUAGAUUUGGAUGUGGGUGUGUUUAACAGAUUGGACACAGAUGGAGUGGGUAAUCAGCAAGGACAUCUAAUGGUGGACUAUGCAUUUGUCAAUUGUGGCGACGGUUUUGAACCUCUACUUUCUAUUAUGGAUCAACACUAGUACUAAAAAUCCUGCCUUUGUGGUUGGCGUAAAUGUAUGUGACCAAUGCCUUUUGGUCUUGCUAAUAAAUAAUGCCGUUGAAGGACUUGUACUAGUGGUAUUAGCAUAUAUCUAAUACCGUAAAGUCUCUGUAUCUUACUAUCUUGUGUUGUGUUGUAUUUAAAACUAAUCAAUAUGAGCAAAUAUGAUGGUAAUGUUUGGUAAAUAA